AAGAGAACGAGGAAAGGUAGUCCGUGUUCGUUGUAAUAAUAUUCCAAUCUACCUGGAAUACCUUUAAAUAGAACAUCCUCAAGAAGCUAAGGACCCCUUCAUUCAAAGCCUAAACAUACAUUUGACUUGAACUACAAGAAAAUCAAUCUCAGCAAGAAUUCUCUUCUUCUAUCUGCACUUUUCUCUUUUCUUCUUCUUACUUCAUCCAUUUAAGACAAUCAUGGUGAUGACAUUGAACCUGCACAAAAGCCUGAAACGGAAAAGACAGGUAAUACCGAUAAGAGACUUUGAAAUGGAGGCUUAUAACUCAGGAAAAGAAGGCAUGAUAGAGAUUGUGUUCUUUGACUUGGAAACAAAUGUGCCCAAUAGAGCUGGGCAACGUUUCUGGGUAUUGGAGUUUGGUGCAAUUGUGGUUUGUCCCCAGAAACUUGUUGAACUAGAGAGCUAUAGCACGCUGAUAAGGCCCAAAGAUUUGUCUGUGGUUUCUUUGAAGUCAAGUCGAUGUGAUGGGAUAACAAGGGCAGCUGUUGCGAAUGCACCAAGCUUUGAACAAGUUGCUGACAAGAUAUUCAGCAUUUUGAAUGGUAGGGUGUGGGCAGGCCACAACAUUCAAAGAUUCGAUUGCAUUCGUAUUAAAGAGGCCUUUGCUGAUAUUGGUAGGCCUGCACCAGAACCUGUUGGAAUGAUUGAUUCUUUAGGGGUCUUAACUGAAAAGUUUGGCAGAAGAUCUGGCAAUAUGAAGAUGGCAUCGUUGGCUACAUACUUUGGGCUUGGGCAGCAAAAGCACAGGAGCCUUGAUGAUGUCCGAAUGAACUUGGAGGUCCUCAAGCAUUGUGCAACAGUGCUAUUCUUGGAAUCAAGUCUCCCAAACGUAUUGAACGGCAAGUGGCAAGGCUCUCCAACAAUUAUGACAAUAAGUAGAACAAACGGAAAAUUGCAAUACAGAGAAGAAGCUAGCCAGAAAUCUCCCCAAAUUAGUUCUAUUGGAUAUCAGAAAUCAGUUCCCUAUACAAGAGGAAGUUUGCGAAAGGUGACAGAGAGAGUAUGAAAUCUAUUGUGUAAAGCUCAAGGAAAACAAACCAUUAACAGCUUACUCAAGCAUUCUCACACGCUGCUACGUUGAAUCAGAUGAUCAAGGCAUGCAUGUCCAUCCGACUUUGUUUCUUAUUUGAAACAACGGAGUUCACGUAACUUUCAACGGUGGAAGAAAAAAAAAGCUAGCUCAUGUUCAAGGUGUUCAUUUUUCAAUUGAAAUGGAGACUCUACACGUUUCAUGCAAUGGAGGAUGACGAAGUGAAGUACAUUAAAGAGAGCUCGUCCCUGUUGGAAUGCACAAGUGAGGACGCUGAAAUCAUCAAAAAGAUGCACUACAAGAACACCAAUCAAUUUGUUUAUCCUUAAUUUAAUUGAUUAAUUAGGUCAUUCUUUUUUCAAGGCGGUUCUUAUCUG